AUGUGUAAUCCUUUUGAUUCUGUAUCCAUUGAGCCCCGGCCUACUAUCGCCGAUACCAUACAACUGCGGAAUAUACAGCUUCCGUUGCCUGUCGCCCCCGAGGCAUGGCAUCGCGCGGGAAAGCGACAGCCAUGCACUGCAUCUUUGAGACUUGGCUACGCAUCAUCCGUCGCCUCAGCUGUUGGAGAUGAUGUAGCGAAGACCAUCGACUAUGGAAAGCUGGUUCGGCGAAUCAACGUAGUGUUAAGCGGUUUGGCCGCGGAUAACGUCUCGGACAUCGCUAGUGAGUCUGGCAUCAUACGAGAAGACGGAGAGAGUAUGCAUCAGCAACUGUGCGGAGAACUUGGACAAGAUAUCAGACUGGUAGCAGGGCUGAUUGCAAAAUGCGGAAUGGAGCUAUUAGGAGAAACGGCGUCAGCCUUCUUGAACGAGCCAUCCCCUGCAAUUCGAGGAGACUUUGGCGAGUUUGAAACAGAACUUCGCCUUCCCAAGGCCAUCCUUCGCGCGGACGGAGGCCUCUAUUAUCGCAGCAAAUCUGCAUUGGCCAUGAUCAAAGGAGAGUCCCCAGGCGGUGAGAGACUUCUAGCCGUCCUAGAAGAAGAGUUCAGGAUUGAAGACAUUCGAUGCUAUUGUGUCUUGGGGAUCAACCCGUGGGAAAGGCUUGAGAAGCAGGCGGUUCACAUCUCUUUGAGGUUCAUCGGCCCUGCAUUGCACGAAUGGGGAUCAAUAUUCAUCCAGACUUAUCAAAACUUGACAUCGGAGGUAGUCGAGCGCGUCGAAACAACAUCCUUCCGUAGUGUGGAGGCCCUUGGUUUAUUUAUUGCUCGGAUUGUUACAGUGGAAUUUGGAAACGAAACAGUCACUGUUUUAGCACAGAAACCAAGUGCUCUGGCGUUUGUUGAGGGAUCGGGGCUAGAGAUAACUCGGUCGCGUGCUUUCUUUCAGUAA